AUGGAAGAUAACGGGGUGGGCAGCGACGAUCGGGAGACUGAUGCCUUUUCCAAUCCGGGAGAAACUCCUUUCUCUGGACUCCUGAGCAGGAUUGUGGACGACGCAACGUCGACACUCAGAGCGAGAGAAGAAGCGCUGGCUGUUGCCAGGGAGACCGGAGAAAGCGGUCUGCUGGGAGGCUUUCGCUAUCGUCUGACCCGCCGAAUACUGGAGCGUGAAGCCGAUCGCAUGCUUCUUCUCGGCACUGGCAACUACCUCGUUGUCCUUGGAAACGGCCUGGAGAGAAAGUGCGCGGCGGCUGCUUGUCUUCUUCUGUCGUGGAAGUAUGCCGAAGACAGUGAGGAAUCCAGGUGCACGCGGAAGCUGUACGAUCUAGCUCGAGGCAUGUACAGGGUGUCUGUACAGCAGAAAGUCGCUGAUCUGCGACAAGUCCGCGAACGCCUCCUUCUUGCUCUUGAGCGCGAGAGGGAAGCGGAGGAAAGAAGAGAGGAAGAGCAGUGCAAAGGAAGUCCGAAGGGCAUCGCUCCUGAGGAACCCAGGGAUUUCUCUGAAGCCUCCGACCGCCCGCAUGCAGAAGUGAAGCCUUCACCUGUCUUGGAUCGACUUGAGGCGGAGUCCGUCGUUAAGACUUUGCUAUCUGACGACGCGUUGGCUGAUCUUGCUUCGUCCUCGCGCUGGCUGCUGCGCGAUUCGGCUGUCUCGUUCCGCAUUUUGUGUCACAAAUUGCGGAUCUACGAAAGUGCGCUUCUUAGAGCAAUUCGAUUCAACGUGGGUCCCUUGCACUUGCCGGUUGCUGCCAUUCGCUUUUACGUCAAGGCGUUUUUGACAAGGUGUGAAAGAGUGGCCCCGGUGACUGCUGCCUCCCCGCGAGCAGCUGCGUCUUCCUUCGCUUCCCCUUCUCUUCCUCUCUCCCCCGCAGAGACGCCUCCUCUCCAGGUUCAUUCGCCUGAAGAGGGAGAGAAGCCGAGUUGUCCCUCCGAAGAGAGACAGAAAGCAGAGGAGACUUCGCCGGCACCCAGUGAUCUGGGCGUUCUUGAUGGACCGCUGUCCCCCCAUCCUUCCGCUCCUGUUCUCGCUUGCCCAUGCGCGAUGUGGCCAGCGAGAGGCCUAAGGUAUGCACAGCUUCAACGUCGCGUCCACGAGGGAGCGCUCCAGGAGUUUCUGCUUCUCUGUCGAACACCCUUUGUCCUCGAAAGGCAGGCGAACGCGAUAGCGGCGGCGUGCGUCAUACGCGCCGCAAUCCUUGCAGGCCUCUCCGUGGGCUCUGUCUACACCCCGGCGAAGAAGGCGCGGGAAAGCUCCGCAGGGUCUUCGGCCUUUGCACCGAAAGACGGUUGUAGGUUGGAGAAUGAAGAAGGAAAGACGGAAGAGGACUGCAUUCUGGAAGCACUCACCGCAUUCAGUGCACACGUAGAUAGGUUUCUUCAGUUUAUCAAUAAACCUUUGGACGAGCGAACGAAAGGGACUGCCGGAGAGACGGGAAUGCCUUCUUCGCGCCUUGACGGUGGGCUGGUCCCGGAUGAGACCAAAGAGCGAGACGCUCACCAGGGUGCGCCGUCCAGCUCUCCACCUCAUGGGGAACUGGAGGAGAAAAGCGGAGACGCACUCAGAACCGGCGCUGGACUCUAUGGAGUCAACCGCAGUGAAGUCCAGGCCGUUCUCUCCGAUCUCCGGCAAGCAGCCGAGUGGCAACUGGAUCUCUUGCAUGGCCCGUCGCCAACUUUUCCCUGUCUUGCGGCUUCUUCCUCUCUGGCGACAGACAAUCCAGAUCAGCGCGACGGGGCGACUGGGGAGGCGAAGGGGACGGAGGACCAGGCAGAGGACUGUAGAGGGAAGACAGAAGAAGCGGAGAAAAAAAGGGAGAGGAACCGGGGAGGCGGCAGCAAGCAGGCGGAGGAUGGUCUCUAG